AUGGAUUCAUUCAAAAGAUAUGAAGAAACUAAACUUCCAAGUAUUUCUUCAUUUUAUGAUAAACUGAAUGACAAAGAAUGUUCCCAAAAAGAUUAUCUAUAUGCUAAAGUGGUUUGGAAUAAGAUGAACUGUAAGAAUUUAGAAGAUUAUACUAGGAUUUAUAUGAUUAAUGAUGUUCUUCUUUUAGCAGAUGUCUUCGAGAAUUUCCGUAAUCUAAGUUUAGAUAAAUAUGGACUUGAUCCAUGUUGGUAUUAUACUAGUCCUGGAUUAUCUUGGGAUGCUAUGUUAAAAUAUACUAAAGUUAGACUAGAUACUAUUAAUGAUACAGAAAAGUUUUUCAUGAUUGAAGAUGGAAUAAGAGGUGGAAUAGUUAAUGCUAUUAAAAGAUAUACAAAAGCAAAUAAUAAAUACACGUCAAAGUUCAAUCCUGAGGAAAUAUCUAACUUCCUUUUAUAUCUAGAUGCUAAUAAUCUAUAUGGUUGGGCUAUGAAACAAUUAUUACCUCAUAGCAACUUUGUUUUUGAGAAACAAAUCCAACUUAGUGUUUUGAAUAUUUCUAUGAAUGAAGUAAGCAAAUCACAAAUUCGGAAAUACAUAGAAAAUCUUAAUAGUCAAGGAAAAGGGUGUAUUCUAGAAGUGGACUUGGAAUAUCCAAAUGAGUUGCAUCGUAAGCAUAAUGAGUUUCCACUUUGUCCUGAGAUAAGAGACUUUGGUAAUAAUAUUAAGAAGUUGUGUAAUACUUUGGAGAACAAAAAUAAUUAUGUUAUUCAUUAUCAAAACCUGCUACAAGCUCUAGAUCUUGGAAUGAAAUUGAAAAAAAUUAAGAGAAUUCUUAAAUUUGAUGAGAGUAAUUGGCUUGCUUCUUAUAUUGAUUUGAAUACUGACCUUAGGAAAAAAGCUAAAAAUGAUUUUGAAAAGGAUUUCUUCAAACUUAUGAAUAAUUCUGUUUUUGGUAAGACAAUGGAGAAUGUUCGCAAUAGAGUUGAUGUUAAAUUAAUAUUCUCUGGGGAAACUGAAUUAAUGAAAAAUGGAGAAACUCAUUACAUUUCGAAGAAGGAUAGAAUAGCAAAGUUAGCUAAGUUGCCUAACUUCAAUAGGAAUAUAAUAAUAAACAAAGAAUAUUUCGAUUUCAGUGAAUAUCCUGAAUGCCAUCCUUUAUAUAAUGUGGAAAAUAAAAAAGUAGUUGGAAAAUUUAAAGAUGAGUUGAAUGGUUUAAUAAUGGAAGAACUUAUAGCCUUGAAGCCCAAAUCAUAUGCUUAUAAAAUUUCUGAAGAAACACGUGAAAACUUAAAAGAUUAUUACGAGAAAAGAAAUCAGGAAGAAAAAGAAAAUCCGAAACUUUCAAAGGUACCCAAACCUGGAGAAGAAAAUAAAAAGAGUAAAGGAAUAAAGAAGUGUGUUGUCAAGAAGUUAAAAGUUGAAGAUUUUCGAGAGAGUCUUUUCAAUAAGAGUAUUGUUAGAAAGAAACAAUGUUGUAUUCGAAGUAUCAAACAACAAUUAUACACCCAAGAACAGGAAAAAGUUGUGUUUGAUAAUGAAGAGACUGAAGCAAAAUUGCUGAGUUUCAAGAGGAUUAUCAUACCUAAUUCAUAUGAAACAAAUGCUUACGGUUUUAGUCCUCAAGAAAUGAUAAAAUAA